AUGGUUGGAUCCUCCAUACUGUCAAGGCCAGCCCUCACAUCGCUCUCGAAUCGCGCUGCUUGUAGCAGCGCUUUUAGCUGUCGCUGGUACACGUCGUCGCCGGCACGACAAGCGGCAGAGAGCCUUUCUACCCCCCGGCUUCCUUUUCGAUUCGAAACGGGGGUUGGCCUAUUUGCGAAGCGGGCGCCACGUCCAUUUCCCCCACCAUUCACGUCACCACCUUCCGGCUCCUUCUCGGAUGCCCUUAGCACACAUCGGCCGUUGGUCAACGGCGAGCUAAUCCAGGGCGAAACAAACGGCGACGAUGCCAUCUACAAAAGCGACUACUUUAUCUGCACAAACGAUGGCGUCGGCGCCUGGGCAGCCCGCCCUCGAGGGCACGCCGGCUUAUGGUCUAGACUAGUGCUGCAUUUCUGGUCUAGAGCAGUAGAGGAAAAUCUCGCCAAGUUGGCCAGUGCCCCAGAACCCUCAGAACCCGAUCCCAUUUCAACACUCCAGGACGCCUACGAUAAGACGCUAGAGGCCACAGUGGAGCAUGACUGGCAAGGGACUACCACAGCUUGCGGCGCGCAGCUUCACUACAAACUGGUUGGCGAUAAGCAGGCAGCCCCUGUUCUCUACGUUACAAAUCUAGGCGAUUGCCAAGUUAUGGUCAUCCGCCCAAGCGACCAGUCAAUUGUCUACAAAACAACAGAACAAUGGCAUUGGUUCGAUUGCCCGCGACAGCUCGGCACUAACAGCCCGGACACGCCCAAGAAGAGCGCUGUCAUGGACAAGGUCGACCUUCAAGUGGGCGAUGUAGUCCUUGCCAUGAGCGACGGCGUCAUUGAUAAUCUGUGGGAACAUGAGAUUGUCGACAUUAUUAUGCAGAGCAUCCGCGCCUGGGAAGCAGGCAAAGGCUCUGGCGCAUCCGCUAUAAGGACAGGCGGCAGAAACGGAGGCAUGGAAGUAGCUGCACGAGAGCUCAUGGCAGCUGCCCAAGAAAUUGCCACGGAUCCAUUCGCAGAGAGCCCUUACAUGGAGCAUGCUAUUGAAGAAGGCUUAGCCAGUGAAGGAGGCAAACUCGAUGAUAUUAGUGUUGUUGCAGCUUUAUGCGUGGAAAAUGACCUCGCUUCAGCUUGCUAA